AUGGGUUCUACACUCUUAUGUCCUUAACAUCAAAAACCAAUAACUUAGCUAAAUAUUACAAAAGGAUAAGAAAAACGAAUCUUUUGUACUGAUUGUAAUACUGAAAACUAAACUCUUAUAAGUUUUGAAGAAGCCAUGAAAUUAUGGUAAAAUCUCGAAGGCAAAUCUGUAUAAAAAUUUUAAACAUUUAAAAAUUCUAAAAUUCCUUAAUUAGAUCAUUUACUAAAUAAGUUUCAACAAUAUAAAGAACAAGCAUUAAAAUAUAUUAACUCUCUAAUUGAAACAACAGAUGAUUAUAGAUAUUAAUUUAUAAAGGCAGUAGAUAGAGAGAUUAAUUAAAUAAAGUCAUUAAAAGAAGAUAUGAAUAUUUAAAAAUUAAAAGAAAUCUCUGAAAUAUUAAGUGAGAAAUUAAUUGAAGAAGAAAAUGAUAGUAAUCAUGUUGGUAAUUUAAAUUUAGAACGUAUCUUAAUUAAAGAAAAAGAAUUAUUAUAAGAGUUAAAAAAAAAUAGUUUAAUGAUACAUUAAGAAAUUAAGAAGAUUAUAUAAUAAAAUCAAUAAGAAGUUAAAAUAAGACCAAUCAAUUUUUAAUAAAUUAAUAGUAUUAAAUAAUAAUAAGAUUGUUAUGCAUUAGCUUUUAAUAAAGCAGGAAAUAUAGUAGUUUCAGGAAGUGGGAAAGAUAUUAUAGUAUGGAAAUUUGAAUAAGAACAAUUAACACAACUUUAAACACUAAAUGGACAUAAUUAUAAUGUAAAUUGUUUGACUUUUAGUUAUAAUUAACUAUUUUUUGUUUCAGGUGCUUGUGAUUCAUAGAUAAUGAUAUGGAGAGAAUAAUCAAAGAAUAAUUGGAAAUGUGUUUAGACUUUAAAUGAACAUGCUAAUAGUAUUUGCAAUAUAAUCAUUAGUUAAAAUGAUGAAUUUAUUUACUCUUGUAGUUUGGAUAAUUUAAUUAAAGUUUGGGUUAAAAAUAUAGAUAAUCAAUUUGAAUUGUAUCAAUCUUUGCUUGGACAUUCUGGUUCAGUUUAUAGUAUCUCACUUAAUUUGAAAGAGACCUAGUUGAUAUCUUCAAGUAGAGAUAAAUCAAUUAUAGUUUGGGAAUUUGGAGAAGAUAAAUUAUGGAAGAAAUUAUAAACAAUUUAAAAUGAUGAUUAUGGUUAUAGAAUAGUGUUUAUAUCUAAUGUAACAUUCUUUUGGUAAAGAUAUGGUAAUGGAGUGGCUCAAGUAUAUUUAUUUGAUAAAUAAUCAUUAAAUUAUAAGUUGCUAAAAAAAAUUAAUAUGAAAGAAUAAAUAACAGAUGGUUAUUACUUAUCUCCAUCAAUAUUUCACAAGAAAUAACAUUUAAUAAUAAGUAAACAUGCUAAGAAUUUUUAUAUUGUAAGAAAACUAUAAAACAAUAAAUUUAGUCUACUUUAAACUAUUGAAUUUCCAAGUAGUUCUUUAUUUGGAGCAAUUUCAAAUAAUGUUGAUUAUUUAAUUAUUUGGAAUGAUAAAACUAAAGAUAUUUAAAUUUGGAAAAAUUAAUGA